GAGAGCGGCGUAUCCGUGUCGUUUGAACGAUAGCUAGCCUAGCUAAUUUUUCCUGGAUUUGGUGGGGGAUUUCUUUUUGUAGUCUGCUGCCAAAAUGAAACUCGUACGAUUUUUGAUGAAAUUGAGCCAUGAGACGGUUACCGUUGAGCUGAAGAACGGCACCCAGGUUCACGGCACCAUCACAGGUGUGGAUGUCUGCAUGAACACGCAUCUCAAAGCUGUGAAGAUGACACUGAAGAACAGGGAGCCCAUCCAGCUGGAGUCCCUCAGUAUCCGUGGCAACAACAUCCGCUACUUCAUCCUCCCCGACAGCCUGCCCCUGGACACCCUGCUGGUGGACAUCGAGCCCAAAAUCAAGUCCAAGAAGAGGGAAGCAGUGGCAGGGCGAGGCCGGGGAAGGGGAAGAGGCAGAGGGCGUGGCAGAGGACGAGGAAGAGGCGGUCCAAGGAGAUAAACCCCUCCCACUGCCACAUCAUCAUCAGGGCCUGCUGUUUGUACAGUUUUUUUGGUUUGUUUUUGUAUUAUG